GCUACAUGACCCAUACAAUUUUACAACGCAGAAAGAAGCAGACGACUUCGGAAGUAGAGCAGAAGACGCUUAAGUCAAUUUUAGAUCAAUUAAAAUGUCUUCAAACAAGAGAAAACAGAACAAACCACAACGAUCUUUGGAACAGUGUGAACUAGAUGAGAAUCCAGGUUGUAAACAACUUGCUGAGGUACCACAAUCGACACGGAGAUCCAGAAGGAUAGUGAGUAAAAUGAUGUCAAGAAGUCCUUCACCACCGGCAUCAACAAAACUCAAAAAGAAACAACAAAGUCCAAAGAAACCAAAUACAAAGAAGAAGCUAUCACAGCCUCAGUCCAGUUCCAAGUCCAAGAAAGGUAAGCAGACAGAUGAUAGUGUGCUGAACGUGGACGUCUUAAGACGAAUGCCAGUGACAGAACUCGUUGACAAGUUUGCUGCUCACUCUACGAAGCAGAUCCCUAAAGACAAACAAAGCACAAUAGUGCAGCAUGUGUACAGCUGCCAGAUGAUGCCCCAUAAUUGCAGGGAAGUGUUCUGUGGCUCCGCCUCUGACACCAUGCAGGAGAUACGGCGCCAUCUUCUCAGACACAUUGGAGAACUUCUUACAUUGACCAAUUUAGAUCCUGACUCAAAAAAAGCUAAAAGUAAUGUCAAUAUUACAACAGUGAAAAGGCAACCUUUGCAAGAUGGUACGGCUUCUAAAAUAUCUCCAAAAAAGUUUCUCACUACACCAGAAGAAACAGAAAUGGAAGAGCAACAAGACAUCACAAAACAGGAGAGGAGGAGUCAAAGAAUUUUAGCCAAGGUGUUGAAUCGUGACGGUAAACCACAAGACAAUGAAAAAAACAAGUUUACAAUUAUCCACUCUGAUGAAGGUGUGAAUGAACUUGUGCUUCUUCCUAAAGGAAAAUUAAUAAAUCUUUCAAGUAUAUCAGACACAGGUGAUGAUCCUGAAGAAUCAAUAACUGCUCCCAGUGAAAAGACAAGGAAUGUUGUUAGUACACCAUUGAAUAACAUUGUAGACUUACCAAAGGAGGAAGUGAAACCAGGAAGACAAUCAAGGUCAUUACAAAGGAACAUUUCUUCAGAGGUUAUAAUGGAAAGUGUUGCUGCCAUUGACAACUAUAUAAGUGGAGAGAUUGAUGCUGACCAGAUCGGCGCAGAGAUUGUGGUACAGACAUGCAUGCAAGCUGCAGAUGAACUGAUUGCCGCAAUGGAGACUGUUCCAUUUAGUCCUCCACACAUCGACCAUCUUUAUGCUCUUUUACCAUGCAAACCUCUACCCAUAUCUUUACAUACAGAUUCUUCUGGUGUUCCGAUCCCAGAACCAGAGCAGUCCAACCAUGAAGGUCCUGAAUUUUCACAGGAGGAAGUGGUAGAAGAAUGCCCUCAAGUGGAUGAGGUUCCAGUUAAACCUUCUACAGCUGAUAUAGAGAGUGUUGAGAUUGUGACGGAUUUUGAUAUGGAUAGUGUUUGUCAGGAUAUUGAUACUUCACGAGGUAAAAAAAAAAGAAAACAGGAUCCACAGUUAGCUGUCAUCAAUUAUGAACUAUUCCAGCAUUUAACACCCGACGAGAGAAGAAUAAGAAAACAAGCUUUGGAGCUGCUUUAUCAGUCUCGCAAAAGAAGUCGGAUUAAAAAAGGUGAAUUAUUGGAGUGCCAGAUAUGUGGUAAGAUGCUGACUGCCUUUGGAACGCUACGUGCCCACUACAGGAGCCAUGCUGGUAUCAAACCGUAUUCUUGCAAAGUAUGCUCAGCAACAUUCACCCGCCUGCAUAGCCUUAAAUAUCACAUGAUGAUUCACAAUGAUCAAAGUCGGUUCACCUGUGAGCAUUGCGGGAGAGAAUUCAGACACGCGAGUCAUUUCAGGGAACACUUACGACGACACACAGGUGAGGAACCCUUUGGUUGCACAGAAUGUUCUGCUCGUUUUAAAACCAGGAACACGUAUAAGCGACAUCUGUAUGCAAAGCACGGGAAAGUUUUACGGACUGAUGGAAUUCACUUGGCAAGAGUUCACCAGACAAUGGGUAACAAUAAAGUAGCUCCAGAUACAAUAUAUCAACAAGAUACAGUAGUUCAUGACACAGCCUUUCAAAACCCACAGACACAAGAAUUUGUUGUUCCGUCCACGAGUGAUUUUACCACUUUUGCUCAACAAAUCGUCAAAGAUGAGCAAGAAAUUGUUUCGCCGAGUCAAGAUGAUACAGAGGACAUUGCCUCAUGUUUAGCAUCGCUUAGUGAGAUUACAAACCCACUGAGGGACAUGGAGGGCAAUAUUAGGAUUCUACUUAUCAAUUAAUAUUAAUUAAUACAUGGUCUCAUAGUUUCAAAUGCACAUCGAUGGUCGAUGUGGCUAACAGCUUAAUUUUGCAAUAUUUCAGUUGUUGAGCUUUCAGUACAUUGUUAACAAAUACUGCGACCAAUCUUCAAAUACUUGCUUAUUCAACAACAGGUACUAACUAUCUUAAUUAACAUAAUUCAUUGAAACAAACUUUUAGUAGCAUUAAGUAUUUCUUGAAGGUUUGCAUAUCAAAUAAUAAAAUAAUAAACUUUAGGUGUGUGUAAGAAUAUUGUUUUUGGGAUAAAAACUAUAUUCUUACACAUGGUGUACCGAAAGUUAAAUUAUUUUAUUAUUAACUAGCUAAAUAUUUAUAAAUUAAAUUAAAUAUUCGUAACAUUUUAUAAAAUGCAGAUGAAGUACACCUGAAGUUUUUAUUGUGUGCAUGUGCCUUGAAACUAUGCGACAGCUUUUUAAUAUCAAUACACAACAAUAAACCAAAGAUUACAAAACUGUUAUUAAAAACAAAACAGAUUUGAAUGGUUAGUAUUCUUUAGUUUUCGGCAUUAUGUGAUAUUACACACUCUAACCAGAACCAUAUUGUCCAUAGCUCUUCUGAAUGCCUAUGAUACAGUACACGAGUAAAUCUACAGUAACUAUUAAUUUAUAUAUUAUUUAUAUUGUUUCACUGCAUAUUGAGCAUAAUUUACACAGGUAAAACAAUAAACAAUUUUAGCUGUUUCACAAGUAUAAGUCUUCCCCUGUUUUUAAGACCACAGCUUCCCCAAUUUUUGAAUAAUUUACAAUCAAAAUACUCCAUCCUGAUAAUUUAUUUACAUUUAUAAUGAUGUUUACAUUUAUCCUGAGAACUAAACAAUGUCAGCGCAACAGUAAAAGAACAAUGUAAUUACAAGAUGGAACUACUGUAUAUGGUGCUUUUUUUGAAAGCUUAUUACGAGGCUAAGGGAGUUGUUAUUAGUUUAUACCUAUUCAUAAGACCUUUCUGGGAUAUGCUGAUAUGGUGGCAUCAAAAUUUGACAGUCAACAGCGUAUGUAGGUGAGAACGGGCUCAAGUUUGGGAAUAAUUAUGAGGUCUAAAGGCCAACUCGGACAGCGUCAUACGACACAAUGCAAUUCAUCAUCAGGGACAGUCGUGAGAAAUAUUAAACAUGUUUAAUAUUCUACGAUGCGACUGCCCCGAUACAAACCAUCACGUCUGAAUUUAACUUGCUUGUGACCUUAGGCAAGACAUUUUAUCUACGUUUGUCUCUCUCUACCCAGGAGUAUAAAUGGGUACCAACAUAUGCUGAGAAGAUAAAACAGACUGCUGUGCAUGAGGAGUGGUGAACCCCCACAGCCUUGCACAGUCUGGCCCAGCUGCCAAGGAAAGAGAGAUGGGCACUCCUGCCUGUGAGCCCAGAGCUUCAGGUUUCAACCUUUACAUUUUUUACCUUUGGCCCUUCGCCUAAAAAUUAAAAUUAAAUUACAGUCCUGGUUGAAACUGAAAUAUUUAAAAUAGAGUAUAAUUAUUAAAACAUAAUUGGGCUUUGUGUGAAAUGUAGCUUAAUUGAAAAUGUUCCAAAAAUUGACUGUAAACCCAAGCAUCCCAGAUCACUGAGCUCCAGGGGCGGAUUGCUAUGCAGUGUGUAAGUGUCUUAUUGGGACAAUGAUUUGAAUGUUCUAUCCGUUCUGAAUCCAAAAGCAAACUCUUGUGUGUUUAAUGCAUGAUAUAAAACACAUUUGUAGAACAAUCUACUUAUCAUUUGUUCAGGUCAUUAUAAUCAUAGUUUAUAUUAUUAAUAUUUUGUGUACAGUAUAUCAUUUAAAUGCUGCUUUGGCAGAACUUUUAUAAUUAUUGUGGAAAGAUAUUAAAUGAAUGUUGAUAUUUAUAUUGGUAAUGUACAUCUUUAUUAAUCACUUAAUUCAUCAAUUAAGUUGUAUUUAUAUUAACAAUGAAUAUCACCAAACCAGAGCACAAUAAUGACCACCAGGAAUCAGUUACUGCAUUCUACAACAUUUAUUUAAACCAACUGCCAUAAUCAAAUUGUCAAGCCUAUCCAAAAUAUGAUACCACCAUCUCAACAUCACUUUACCAUACUUGAAAGUAAUGAAAUGUGGGGCUAUUAUACUAUAGAAUAUACAGAGAACAUUUAUUUCCCUGUUUGUAUCAUUAAAAUAGACAUACCCAGGAAAAAGAGUACAGUAUUUAUUUUCAUAAAUUACUUAUUUCCAAUGUUAUUUUUUUUUCAAUAGAGAUAAAUUUCUCUGACAAAA